AUGCUGUGCUUGCUGACUGCUGUCCCUAUAGUGGCUCUUAUUGCUUUCGUUGUAUUUCUGAUUGCCCUUGCAAGAUCAGAUGGGGACUUACAGCUCAUGUUUAAAACCAAAUUUGGAAAGCCGCCUGACAGUCUAGCAGGGAAAGUUGUGUGGAUCACUGGAGCAUCCAGUGGUAUUGGUGAACAUAUAGCUUACUGCUUGGCAAAAGCAGGGUGUAGGCUGGUCCUCUCUGCAAGAAGAACAGAAGAACUUGAAAGAGUCAAACAGAAAUGUCUGCAAAUAAGUGCAGGCAAACUGUCGGAGGAUGAUAUUUUAGUCCUGCCUCUCGAUGUUGUUGCCUAUGACACCCAUAAACCAGCAGUGCAGAAAGUUUUAGAGACAUUCAAUAAGAUAGAUAUUCUUGUGAACAAUGCAGGAAGGGGUCAGCGAGCUCUGUGGUUGGAUGUUGACUUGAGUGUAGACCGUGAACUGUUUGAGAUCAAUGUCCUUGGACCAGUAUCCUUGACUCAGGAGGUGCUGCCACACAUGAUACAGCGGAAACAAGGUCAUGUUGUUGUUGUGAGCAGUGUGGCCGGAAAACUUGGGGCCGCCACCUUCAGAUCAUAUGUUGGAUCUAAGCAUGCCAUUCAUGGUUACUUUGAAAGUCUUCGGACAGAAAUGUAUGAACAUAAUAUCGAUGUGACCCUAGUAUGUCCCGGUCCGGUAGUCUCCAACAUGGCACGGGCGUUUGUCACCGGAAAACCAGGGGAGGUAAAUACACAUCUUUUUUGUCAACUUUUUCAUAUUAGGUUAACUUUUUGUAGAAUUAGGUCAACUUUUUGGUAA